AUGGCUCUCAAUCUGGAGAAGCAACUUCGUUUCUAUGGCGCAUACCACCAUGAUCCAGUGAACGUUGCUAUACAUAUUGUGGGAGUACCCAUCAUUCUCUGGACAACUUUCCUGCUGGGUACAAACACACCAGCGAUAGUCGACCUGCCGCCGCCAAUAGCGGUCCCAUACCUUGAGCUUAAUGCUGGCACGAUUUUCUGCCUUUGUUACUGUGCAUUGUAUAUCUUACUCGAGCCUGUGGCUGGAACGGGACUGGCAGCUUUACUGUUGGCAGGAACAGCUUUCGGGAAAUACCUCACAGUCACCCAUGGCAUGACGGCCAACUUCUGGGCAUUGGCCGGUUUCGUUGCCUCCUGGAUUGCGCAAUUCAUGGGCCAUGGACUUUUUGAAGGGCGGGCACCUGCUCUUCUGGACAACAUCUUUCAGGCUUUCUUCCUUGCGCCCCUGUUCGUAUGGCUUGAGAUCCUCUUUGCGUUAGGAUACAGGCCAGAAUUGAAGCACCGUGUGGAGAAGAUGGUCCAACAAGAUAUUGCGAAGUACAAACAGUCCAAGGCGGAAGAGGUCAAUGGCAAGACCAAUGGAGCUGCGCUGAAUGGACGUACGAAACAGUCUUGA